AUGUCGCAACUAAGGCCCUCCGUGAAGCUCUUUGUUAAGUUUGGUAUCGUUCCGCGAGCUCCGAACCAAAUGCCUCUCACGUGGAACUCUCUCUCUUUCCACUUUGCUUGCCUGAUCGAGGUCAUUGGUCUCAUACCUCAAGGUAGGAUCCAAAAUCAUCGUCGACUUUCCCGUCUUAGGGAAUGCUAUAAUGUCGGCAUAUCGGGUGGAUCCAUCCGUAUCCAUACAAUAUACUUCCUCGAAACAGGCCUUAAUCUCUCUCUUUAA